AUGGACUUGCUACUUAACCCGUUGAGGGGUAGUUUUCUUUUACCCAGGGUGAGGUUUAGGAAUUUUCAGACAUAUGGCAACAGGAAAGUUGAGUAUGGAUUUGGAGCUGUUUUGAUGGAGAUAAUUGUAGGAAGACCAGCAUAUCAAAAUGGUGAGGAUGGAGCUUUAACUCAAUGGGUUAGCUCAAUGUUUGGUAAUGGGGAAAUUGGAAGGAUUGUGGAUCCAAAAUUAGAAGGAGAUUUUGAUGUAAACUCAGUGAAGGAAGCACUAAAUAUUGCAUUUGCUUGUUUGUCUUACAACUCCAAUGACCGACCAACCAUGGGGGAAGUGCUACUAAAACUUAAACUUUGCUUGCAAAUGGAAACAGCUCGAUUGGCCAUUGGGUACGGUCGUUGA